GUGUUGACCAUCUCUGGGCCAUUUAGCUCAGAGCAUGUAGAGGUUGACUCUGAGCUCUGGCCAGGUCCCUGAGUCAGAUCUUGGAGAAACAGACACAAGAAGUCUUGACCUUCUGCACAUAGAGCUAAACAAUGGUGCAGGAAAGACAUUGCCAAGGUGGAGGGAAGGGAGUCUGCUGGUCCCUGAGAUUCUGGUCUGUCACUGUGAUUUCCGUCCUGCUCCUCAGCGCCUGUUUCAUCACCGGAUGUGUGGUGACUUACCAGUUUGCAAUGGACAAGCCUGAUACAAGACUGUCUGAACUUCAUGCACACCAUUCCAAUCCCACCUGCCUCAGUGAAGGGACAAGGGUGUCAGAAAAGAUGUGGGGAUGCUGCCCCAGUAACUGGAAGUCAUUUGGCUCCAGCUGCUACCUCAUUCCCACCAAGGAGAACAUCUGGAGCAUCAGUGAGCAGAAGUGCUUCGAGAUGGGGGCUCAUUUGGUGGUGAUCAACACGGAAGCCGAGCAGAACUUCAUCACCCAACAGCUGAAUAAGUCAGUUGUUUACUUCCUGGGGCUUUCUGAUCCACAAGGUAACGGCAAAUGGCAAUGGAUAGAUAACACUCCUUUCAGUAAAAGUGUCAGCUCUGUUCCACUCAACCUUAAACUCGACCUUUCAAGCAACCGCUGCGCACCCGUGGAGGAGUUACUUCCGUCUUGUGUUUCCUGCAGGUUCUGGCACCCAAAUGAGCCCAAUCUUCCCGAAGAGCGAUGCGCUUCGAUUGUUUACUGGCAUCCUAUGAAAUGGGGCUGGAAUGAUGUGUUCUGUGACAGUAAAUAUAAUUCAAUAUGUGAGAUGAGGAAGACUUACCUAUGAGCGGCGUUUUGUUCAUUUAUACCUUCUCUCGGCAUGUCCACGUGACCGUAGCCAUCCUUUUCCUAGAUGUUCCUUUUCACUGACGACAGGACAUGUCCUUCCUGUCUGUGACCGUCAGAGUUUUGUCAAUUGGAUACAACCUAGAGUCACCUGAGGGACCCCCAGCUAAGGAGGUGCCUCCGUCAGACUGACUUGUCUGUGGGGGCAUCUUCUUGAUUAAUGGUUGUUGUAGGAGGGUCCUGUGGGUGCUGGGUGGGUGGUCGUGGGUGAUGUCAGAAAGCAAGCGGAGAAACGCAUGGCAAGCAAGCCCGUAAGCCCCUUUGUCUCUGCCCGAGGCUCUGACUUCUUUCUACAAUGAAAUGUUGUUACUUGAAAGUAUAAGAUGAAAUAAACCAUUUUUUCCAA